CUUCCAUUCCAGACAGGUGAAUCCAUCGACGGUGAGCACAUUCUUCACUCGAUUACAUCACACUCACUCACAGUACAAGUUUGUUUUAAAAUGGCGGCGGAAGCGUCAACUAACCAGCUGCGCUGAGGAGGCGGUGAGUUGAGGGUGAUGGAGCAGCAGCAGUAGUCUCAGCAUCCUCCAGCAUGGACCGCUCCAGCAGCUCCAGCAGCUCCAGCAGCAGCCGGCGGCAACCUGCCACACACCUGUAGCAUCAUCAUCAUCCACCUGCAGACAUGGCGAACACCAGCCACGGUACCCAGAACCAGGACCAGGACCAGGACCGGAGAGACAGCCGCUGUGGUGUGUCUGGAGUAGCCGUAGUGGAGAACGGCUGCGUAGCGACCGACCCGACUGCCUCUGACCUCCACGAUCACACCAACCACCACAACCAUGAGUCCAGCACCACCCCGUCCUGCUCCUCCACCCCCAUCUACUACUGCAGCCCCCAGAAAAGCUACUCGGACCUGAACCAGGACAGCCACAGCCUGACUUCCCAGGACUCGGGUAUCCCGACCCUGGAGAUCAACCCUCCUGAGCCCAUCCUCCACAGCCACCAGCGCCCAGGUGACGGAGGCUUUCUCUCGGACUCUUUAUCUCCCGCCACUUUAACGUUAGAUGAUGACCCCUCUGACGGCAGCAUCCGCAAAUCCUCCACCUUCCCCUGCAGCGGUUACGACUCCAUCCGCCUCUUUAGCCCCACCCUCAGAUUAUCCGCCACCACGGGGACGGGUCUCGGGGGCGGAUCUUUAAACCGCAGCGACGACAUCUCCGUGUGCAGCGUGUCCAGCAUGAGCACCGAGCUGUCGGUCUCCAACGAGGACAUCCUGGAUUUCACUGCGACUUCUGACUCCAGCGCCAUUGUUACCUUAGCGACGGAUGAAAGCGGUGGCGAUCAUUUCUCAGACGCGAAGUUGACGUCGUCACCGGGAAGCCCCAGAGACUUAUGGAGUCCUGUACGACUGCAGCCGGGAUCCGAGGAGGAUGGCCGACAAAAGAAACUGGGACCUCUGGCGAGCUUAUUCAACAGGAGCCUGUUUGCCAGGUUGGCGAAGGACAGUCGGCCAGUGGAGCAGAGGGAUCCAGGGUGGAAGCUGUUUGGGAAAGUCCCGCCACGAGAAGGCCCCUUUAAGGACCCGAAGAGAAUACAGAAGGAAUAUGAAACAAAGAGUGGCAGAGCUGGACCUGGCAACUCGACGUCUCCCAGGCAGGGUGUGAGGAAAAACCUGGACUUUGAGCCGCUCUCCACCACCGCACUUAUACUGGAGGACAGACCCGCUAAUCUGCCUGCAAAGCCAGCCGAGGAGGCCCAGAAACACAGACAGCAGUAUGAAGAGAUGGUGGCCCAGGCCAAGAAGAGAGAGUUGAAGGAGGCUCAGAAGAGAAAGAAGCAGCUGGAGGAUCGGUGUAAGCUCGAGGAGAGCAUCGGCACAGCCGCCCAGACCUGGAACCAGGAGAUCUUGCCCAACUGGAGUACAAUGUGCACAUCUCGACGAGUGAGAGACCUCUGGUGGCAGGGCAUCCCCCCCAGCGUCAGAGGCAAAGUGUGGAGCCUGGCUGUGGGCAACGACCUCAACAUCACACACGAGCUGUACAGCAUCUGUUUGGCCCGGGCAAAAGAGAAGUGGAGGACCACGCCAGCACCUUCCUUAGAGAUUGAACCUGAAGAUUCUGGUUCAGAUCGGGAGUCGAGUCUGGAGCUGAUCAAGCUGGACAUCUCAAGGACCUUCCCCCAGCUGUGUAUCUUCCAGCAGGGCGGGCCAUAUCAUGAUGUGCUGCACAGCAUUCUGGGAGCAUACACUUGUUACCGGCCAGACGUUGGCUACGUGCAGGGAAUGUCGUUCAUUGCAGCAGUGCUGAUCCUGAACCUGGACACGGCCGAUGCCUUCAUAGCUUUUGCCAACCUGCUCAACAAACCCUGUCAGAUGGCCUUCUUCAGAGUCGACCACAGCCUUAUGUUGACUUACUUUGCGGCAUUUGAAGUGUUCUUUGAAGAAAACCUACCAAAGCUCUUUGCACAUUUCCAGAAAAACAGCUUGACCCCCGAUAUUUAUUUAAUCGACUGGAUCUUCACCCUGUAUAGCAAGUCUCUGCCGCUGGACCUGGCGUGUCGGGUGUGGGACGUGUUCUGCAGGGACAACGAGGAGUUCCUGUUCCGCACGGCGCUGGGCCUGCUGCGUCUCUACCAGGACGUCCUGACCACCAUGGACUUCAUCCACAUGGCCCAGUUCCUCACCCGCCUGCCCGACCUCAUCCCCGCCGACCAGCUCUUCCAGCAAAUCGCCGCCAUUCACAUGAACAGCCGCAACAGGAAGUGGGCGCAGGUUCUGCAGACGUUACAGAAAGAUCCGGAUCGAGGCAGCCCGGUGCUGAAGCGCUGAGCUGAGGACCAUCACACAUUACCGGACUCAACCAGUUCCCCUCCAGCCCUCCUGGGGGGGGGGAACUGGACUCUCAGCAGGCCGGAUGGACCUGAGAAAGACCUUUUAACCUCAGCGGGACGUAUCUGGUUGUAUCCGCUGUGAUGAACCUCUACCCGAGAGCUCACUGCGUCACCGCUCUAAAACUGGAACCAGGAACCCUGGAGGGGGUGAAAAGGAACACGAGGCCUUAUUUCUCCCCAGCAGCGGACUGGAAAGUGUAGCUGGCCCGAGGCUGAAGAAUGUAUCACACACUCCCCACAUGCAGCAGGCUGAUCCAGAGAGGAACCACAGAGAUACUACUCAGAUCCUCCACGUAGAUUUGAAUGAUCUGCCGUCAACACUCUUUGUAGCUGCAGUUCCACUUGUCUGUUCUUUAAAUGUGGCUGUUUUUAUGACAAAAACAAAACAAUCUUUAAAAGAUUCAGUCAGGGAAAGAAAUAGUCGCAUCUCCAGAGUCCGAUAUGUGAUUGACGGUGUUGAAGUGGAACCUCAGCUUGUGUUUCUGCACCUUUUAAUUCCCCCUUAAAACUUCAGUCAUUCCUUCGAGUUUGAUUUUGUGCUUUUGCAUUUGUGUGUUUUAUCCUGAAACCAUUCCAUGAAGUCAAAUCCCCACGAAAUGCACAUAACCGUCACGCUGAAGACAUAUUUGGUGUCUCUGAGAGCGCCACGUUGUUACAUUUGUUUUUUGAAGGUCAUACGCUGCCUGUAAAACUGAGUUUUACGGUAUAUUUAUGUCGGUGAAACUGGAGUAAAUGACGCUGCUGUUAGACGACACACACAACAUACGUCCCCCUGGCCUUAAUGUUGGAGGUACAUUUCAGCUUGUUAGUGAUUCCUGAUGUCUUGGUGUGAGUGUGGUGUCUGUAAAUGUAUUUAUUUAAUAUUUAUCAUAAACUUGUUCCAGUCAAAUGAAGGGUUGUCGCUGAGCGUCUCCCCCACCCGAGCAACAUACUUGGUUUAAACAACACAACAUGUGCACGCAAGCAAAGUGAAAGCAAGUAUAUGCUGCACAGCAACUUGACAAUCAGCCGCACGCGGCGGCUUCUGUUGAGUAUCUGUGGCGUCAGUCCUUCAACAGAAUCCGUCCGACUGGUUGUUCAGCCUUGCAAAUCAGUGAUUUCACCCAUUUCAUACGGUUUCUCAUCGCGUUUUCUCGAGCAUAAGAUGCCACAGCUUCAUCGUGGCAUGUUUUGUUUGUUUGCAGAUUCUUAUUUCCUGUCAGAUGUCAGCGGUAACUGUAACUGUCAUCAGUCGAGCUUCGUGGCCGCAACGCUGUGUUCACAAACUGUGGUUGAAUGUGUCACUUCACCUGACCAGCAGUGGGUGGGGCCAGUAUUUACUUCACUGGUGGUUGAGGUUUUAUUACCAGCAUUUUAUUUUAGAUUUUAGUAGUUAGUACGUGGCAUUUCUUGGUAAUCAGCUAAAAAAAAGAAGUGAAGUUCCAUUUUACUGUUGAUUAUAACGACAUAUUAGGGCCAUUGUAGUAAAAAAUAAAUUACAAAAAUAUGGAGCCGGGGGAACGGGGGAAAGAAACUCACAAAUUUACGAGAAAGAAAUUGGAUAUUCUCUGAGAUUAAAGUGGUAAAUUUACGAGAAAAAUAAUCAAAUUAACGAGAAAAAACAAUAAAAUUACGAGAAAAAAACGUUGAUAUUCCCUGAGUUUAAAGUGGAAAAAUUUACAAG